AUGAAAAUAACAAAAACAAAGAAAGCAAUAACAUACAAAAUAGUGUUCAUUAUCCUAUCUCUGAAGUAUUUUGAAAAUAAAAAAGAAAAUAAAAAGCCAUUGAGAGAAUCAAAUAUCACAAGAGAUAUUAGUACACUAUUUCCCAAUGUAGAUAUAUUGCCUUCUAUACAGAGGAUAUUUCCUAAUAUAGUCAUAUUAACUCAUGUACAUCACCUGUCCAAACCGCUCCAAGUGUAUCCUCUUGUAAGAGAAUGCGCGUCCAAACAGCCAAUGACAGCACUGCAGUGGCCAAUAGAAUUAGUGCAUUCUUAG